AUGGACUGUCAUGUAAUAUGGAUCUUCUUCCUCCCCCUCGCCUUCCUUGGCCUGCCACCGUCCGUCUUCUUGGUGCACCAGCAACUCUCCUACAUCUACGCGGGCUGGACGCACAACGCGACCGUGCCCAAGCUGAACAAGGUCAUCCCUGGCCUGGGCCAUGCCAUUGAGUUCAUCUUCCAGACUCCGAGUCACCACCGCGUCCAUCACGGCGCGAACAGGUACUGCAUCGACAAGAACUACGGCCAGACGUUCAUCAUCUUCGACCGCCUCUUCGGUACCUUCGCCGAGGAGCGCGAGGACGAGCCGCUCGUCUACGGGACGCUCGGCCAGGCGGAGAACAACAGCGCCAUAACGAUCCACGUCUCGCCCUGGAUCGAGCUUUGGCGGAUGACGCAGAGCAUGACCACCUUCGGCGACAAGGUGCGGGCACUCGCCUACGGCCCCGGCUGGGCCCCCGGAAAGCCGCGCCUCGGGGACCCCGCCGAUCUGCCUGACGUAUGAGGACGCAAGAAGGUGCAGCUACAUCUUCCUCCCUGGUUUUCCGUGUACAUGCUGGCCAACAGCGCGCUGGUCUUCUCCUACGCGGAAAUGAUGGGGAGGAUCAAG